CUCGGCUCCGCCCGUUCCUGCCCCGCUCCCGCCAUUGCCUUUGAGGGCCGCGGCCGUUACCGAGCGGGGCGGCGAGAGCGGCUCCAUCGCCGGGCCGCGGAGCCCGGAGUGGCUCCAUAUCCGAGCAGCGGAGCCCGGAGCGCCUCCAUCUCCAAGUAGCGGAGCUCGGAGUGGCUCCAUAUCCGGGCAGCGGAGCUCAGAGCGCCUCCAUCGCCGGGCCGCGGAGCCCGGAGCGGCUCCAUCGCCGAGUAGUGGAGCCCGGAGUGGCUCCAUCGCCGAGUAGUGGAGCCCGGAGUGGCUCCAUCGCCGAGCAGCGGAGCCCGGAGUGGCUCCAUAUCCGGGCAGCGGAGCUCAGAGCGGCUCCAUCGCCCGGCGGAGCUCCCCGGGAGGGCCCAGGCGGUGCUGCCCCGCAGCCUGAGGGCCCGGCCCGGUGAGCGCCGCGUGGUUCCGGGUCUCGUUUCUCGUAUUUCAGCUCGUUGCUGUCGCUGUGACUGAGCCGCAGGUUCCCGGUGUGGAUCCCGUUCCCGGCCACUCGUGCAGGGGACAGCCGGAGCUGUGUGUGCUCCUCGCUCCGGCUCCAGUGCCCGCGGCUGGGCGGUAAAGAACAGGCCAUGGAGCGGCUGGAGGAGGAGCUGACGUGUCCCAUCUGCUGCGACACCUUCUCGGAGCCGCAGGUGCUGCCGUGCUCGCACACCUUCUGCGGGCCGUGCCUGCGCGGGCUGCUGCGGCCGGGCGCGGGUCUCAGCUGCCCCAGCUGCCGGGCCCCGCUGCCCGUGCCCGCCGCCAUCGAGGCGCUGCCCAUCAACUUCGCCCUCAAGGCCGUGAUCGAGAAGUGCCAGCAGGAGGAGCGGGUUGGGACUGGCACCGGCACCGGGACGUGCAGGGCGCACCCGCAGCAGCCGCUCAACAUUUACUGCCUGCAGGACCGGCGGUUGGUGUGCGGCCAGUGCGUCACCGUCGGCAAACACCGCGGGCACAGCAUCGACGACCUCCAGAGCGCCUACAGGAAAGCCAGGGAGGCUUCGGGGCAGCUCCUGGGGCAGCUGGCGGAUCCGGCCUGCUCCAAGGUGUUCUUGUGCUCCGAGAAGCUGCUGCAGCAGAAGGACCAGUGCCAGAGCGCCCUGCAGAGUGACAGGGAAGCUGUGCUCAAGUAUUUUCAGGAACUUGGCGAUAUCUUGGAGCUCAAAAAAACAGCUCUGCUGAGUGCGCUGAAUGAACUCGACAGCCACAUUUUGGAGAAAUACGAUCCCCUCAUUGAGGAGGUGGAAAAGCUGAAGUUGGAAGAGAUAGAGCUAAAGGAGCUGCACUGCGAUCUUCUGAUGGAAGAGUCCCCACUGCUUUUCCUGGAGAAGAUGAACGAGCUGCAGCUGCGGCUCCACGCCCUCAGGCUGAGGCAACUCCCAGAGCCUGAACCUGUGGAGAUCCAUCCUAGGAUGCAGACGGUGCUGCAGUACAUGUGGUCUGCAACUGCAUUAGGGCAGGUGCACAGGAUCCCCACGCCAAAGCUCACCCUGGCUCACGAAAGCCGUGGAAAUCUAACAGCAUUAUCUGCUCUUCCUCCUCUUAUACUGAUGCUGACUUCACUUCUGUUGUUAUCCCUCAAGGACCCAAAUGGUUUUCUGCUGCUGCUGAUUUCAUUUGUGUUAUGGCACCAGGUAAUCUCACCUGGCACCAUCCCAGCUCCUCUGGUGCAACUCCGGGAAUUCCUGCUGCGCAUUUAUCAGCGUUUCUGCACCUACCUGCAGGCCCCAGUGCAGGAGCUGACUUACUAGAUUGAAAACCUCAUGCAGCAAUCCAGCAUUAUUUCAGUUUCUACUUAAAAGUUGUAUUGUUAAAGCUCUACACUUGUUCUAUUUCUGUAUCCUCCCUUUUCUGUAUUGCAUGGAUUUCCUCUGAACUACAGUUCUGAUCCACUUCAGGUGAGGAGAGGCGAGUUUUGCCUUGACCCACAGCUGCAGAAUUUCUGUCCUUAACGCCCUGGAAUUCUCUGCCAAAGAUCAGGUGCACUGCUGAGCUUCUCCUGUAACUCUUGGCACUUUUGCAUUAUGUAGUAAAUUACACUGAUUCCUUAAA